GAGUUCCGCCUCGGAAGCGAUGGCUGCCUGAGAGAGCCUCCUCGCCUCAGCCCUGGGACAUGGGCCUGCCCCGGCUGCAGAAGACCCCCCCGAGCGAAAACAAAUAUUGCUGAUUGGUGAUGUAAAGAUCUGCACUGCCCUUAUUUGAAGAGACAUAAUACCCUCAGUAUUAAUAUGCCUGCUGUGGCUUCAGUCCCUAAAGACCUAUACCUCUGCACUUCACUGAAAGAUCUUAACAAAAAGACUGAAAUAAAGCCUGAGAAAACCAGUACUAAGAGUUAUGUACAGAGUGCCCUUAAGAUCUUCAAAGCAGCUGAAGAGUGCCGGUUGGACAGGGAUGAAGAGAAGGCAUAUGUACUUUACAUGAAGUAUGUGACUGUGUAUAACCUUAUUAAUAAGAGGCCUGAUUUCAAACAGCAACAGGAUUACUUUCAUUCAUUACUUGGACCUUCAAACAUUAAAAAAGCUAUUGAAGAAGCUGAAAGACUUUCAGAGAGUCUCAAACUCAGAUAUGAAGAAGCAGAAGUACGGAAGAAACUGGAAGAAAAGGAGAGGCAAGAAGAGCUUCAGUUGAAAAAACAGGAAGCAAAAGAUGAUACAAAGGUAUCAGCGAAAACCUCUUCAGAAACUUCCUUGGAUUCCAAAGGGAAAAAUCAAAUGAUCAAUGGUGAGAAGAAGGGUUCAGCAGAAAGAAAGGAGCAGCCUGAAACUGCUGCUGUUCCUCCAGGAGGGAUCACAGCGGAGAAACUGUUUAUGAUGAUGAUGGACAAGAGCAUCAAGCUAAUGGUCAUGGAUGCCCGGAGCCUGAAGGAUUAUCAGGAGUCCUGCAUUAUCAACUCCAUCAGCGUUCCAGAAGAGGCUAUCAGUCCUGGAGUCACCGCUAACUGGAUCGAAGCUAAACUCCCAGAUGCUUCCAAAGAGCCUUGGAAAGAAAGGGGGCAAGUCAAUUAUAUUGUUCUGCUUGACUGGUUUAGUUCUGUAAAAGACUUGCAAUUAGGAACACCCCUGUGGAGCCUCAAAGAUGCACUUUUCAAGUGGGAAAGUAAAGCUGUACUACAGAAUGAGCCCUUGGUCUUAGAAGGAGGGUAUGAGAACUGGCUUCUCUGCUAUCCCCAGUACACAACAAAUGCAAAAGUAACUCCACCCCAACGCAGCAAGAACGAAGCAGUGUCUGUCUCACUGGAUUUUACAUACCCAUCUUUGGAAGAGCCAGCUCCACCUGUGGUACCAGUUGUCCAUGUCAAACCUUCCACCAUUGAAAUGCCUGAAAGACCUGAAAUGGCAAAUGACAAGGAAGGGAGAGGGGAGACACUGAAACCAGCAACUCCUACUGGAUCCGUUGCUGUUGCUGCUAAGUCCGAUGGCACAUCUUCUGUUUUGCAGCCAGCAUCUUCUGUGAAGAUUAUUCCUCAGAUUGAUCGUACAAAAAAGCCUUCAGUAAAAAUUCCAGAUGAUGCUAAUAGGUCAAAAGCGGAGAGCCCAACCAUUGGCAAGCAGAUGGUUUCAAAUGGAAAAGUAGUUCCUGAUCGUUCCACAAAACCCCCAUUGGAUACAAAACCUGGUCUGGCAGAGGAAGAGAAAGGCCACGAGCUGACAGAAAAGGAGAAGAGCAAGCAAGAAAAAGAGCUGCAGGAGAAAAACCAGGAAGAACAGAGAGAGUGGCUCAGACAGGAGAAGCAAGACCAAAGGCAGAAAGGCAGAGUGGAACAGGAAGAAAUGGAAAGUAAGGAAAAAACAAAAGAAGAAAUGGAGAGAGGCGAAAGAGAACCACAGGCUAGCAGAGAGAUGGACGAAAAGCAGGAGCUGGAGAAAGCCCCCACAGAGCUAAAAGAAAUUAAAAAAACAAGUCAAAUUGUAAGUGAGACCCCCCCAGAAGGGAGGAAAAAACUAGAUGUUGGGAGCAACUUUGUCAAUGAAAAAGAAAAGGUCACCCGGACGCCAGAAGCACAAAGGCGGAGAUUUGCAGAGGAGUCUCGGGCAGCUGCGAGGGGGGAUUUGGUCUCAAACAAGCAGACUGGGCUUAAAGAACAUCCAGAAACAGAAUCUCAAAAGCCAGGAGCCAGUAGAGAGGAAACUGAACAAGAUUCUGAAAAAAAUAAACCCCAGCGGGAACCAUUAACAAGGGCCAGGAGUGAGGAGAUGGGCAGGAUAGUGCCAGGACUACCUUCUGGUUGGGUAAAGUUUCUUGAUCCGGUCACCGGGACCUUCCGUUACUAUCAUUCCCCAACCAACACCGUCCACAUGUACCCACCAGAAAUUACUCAGUCUGCCACGCCUCCUUCCACACCGCCCACUCAUAAGCCAAAGCCCCAGACUGUUGUUGACCAACGGGAAAGGGAACACUCCAAGCUGAAGCGCUCUUACUCUUCGCCAGACAUCACUCAGGCCAUUCAAGAGGAAGAGAGGAAGAAAAUCAUCAUCACGCCUACAGUUAAUCGUGAGAAUAAACCCUCAAGCUAUACAAAAGCUGAAAUAUCGAGGCUUUCUGCUUCUCAGAUUCGUAAUCUCAACCCCGUGUUUGGAGGACAGGGACCAGCCCUCACAGGCCUUCGAAACUUAGGAAACACCUGCUACAUGAACUCCGUCUUACAAUGUCUUUGCAACACGCCACACCUGGCAGAUUAUUUCAACAGAAAUUUCUAUCAGGAUGAUAUCAACAGGUCAAACCUCUUGGGUCACAAAGGUGAAGUGGCAGAGGAGUUUGGCAUAAUCAUGAAGGCUCUCUGGACUGGGCAAUACAGAUAUAUUAGUCCAAAAGAUUUUAAAGUCACCAUUGGGAAGAUCAAUGACCAGUUUGCAGGGUACAGUCAGCAAGACUCUCAAGAAAUGCUCCUGUUCUUAAUGGACGGUCUGCAUGAAGACUUAAAUAAAGCUGACAACAGAAAGCGCUAUAAAGAAGAAAACAAGGACCACCUGGAUGACUUCAAAGCGGCUGAGCUUGCUUGGCACAAGCACAAGCAGCUCAAUGAGUCUAUAAUCGUUGCACUUUUCCAAGGCCAAUUCAAAUCAACGGUGCAGUGUUUGUCAUGUCACAAAAAGUCCCGGACCUUUGAGGCUUUUAUGUAUCUGUCUUUGCCCCUCGCAUCCACUAGUAAAUGCACUCUACAGGAAUGCCUUAGAUUAUUCUCCAAAGAAGAAAAAUUGACAGAUAACAACAGAUUUUAUUGUAGCCAUUGCAAGACUCGAAGAGAUUCUUUGAAAAAGAUAGAAAUCUGGAAGCUGCCUCCUGUUCUUUUAGUGCAUUUGAAAAGAUUUUCCUAUGAUGGACGAUGGAAGCAAAAGCUACAAACAUCUGUUGAUUUCCCUCUGGAAAGCCUUGACCUUCAGCAAUAUGUUAUUGGUCCCAAGAACAACUUGAGGAGAUACAACCUGUUUGCAGUAUCUAAUCACUAUGGAGGGCUGGACGGAGGACACUACACGGCCUACUGUAAAAACGCUGCCAAACAGAGAUGGUACAAGUUUGACGACCAUGAAGUCUCCGAUAUCUCCUCCUCAUCUGUUAGGUCCUCAGCUGCUUACAUCCUCUUUUAUACUUCUUUUGAACAGCGUGCGGCUGACCUAGCCACAUAAAGCAGCGUUAUUGGAGAAGGUUGGUCUCUGUCUCUCUUUUUUCUGAAAAGAAAUGCACCAUACCGCACUGAGCCACGCCACGUAUAAGGUCACCGGCCAAGUAAGGAGACGGCUGCUGCAGUUUCUCCGCCAAGGCCCUCUUUCCUCUUAGUACUGUUGCUUAACAUCUGAAAAGCCAGUGGUUAACAAGGCUGUUUAGUACUAAACAAUUCAUUUCAAAAGUUUUAUUUUGUAAUGCUGCUCCAAACUUAUAGAUCUAGCUUAGCCAUUCUAAAGCCAUUUAACAUACAGGGUUUGUGAGAUGUUCCAAAACCUAAAGCAUAUCUUUUAAUUUUCUCUCUCCACGUUUAUGGCCUUUUCACACUUCUAACCUUAAAAGCUUGAUUCUACUGUGAAUAUCCUAGAAAUGAUGUAAACAGGUAGGAAUGUAAUGUGUAUAUAUUGAUUGCAUACUUGCACAUUAUUGUAUAUAAGAGGUAUGUGGUCCUUUGGUGAGCACUUACUGGAAUGGGAAGGAUUGCUUCUUUUUUUUUGUUUUGUCAAAAUAACUUUAAUUCUUAUAGAUAAGAAAGGGCAGAGCUGUAUUUUUCUGUUGAGCUUUUAUCAAUCUGUGCACACAUUUAUGUAUUCUAAAUAACUGAGAUGACUUUUCCUUUUAGUAUUUAAUAUAAGAGUUUCAUGUAUUCAUGCAUUAAAAUCUUGAGAAAAUUAUGUAAAAGUA